AGUCCACGACUGUCUUUCUACCUGGGCAGACGACAGGACCGCCGUCAUCGAAUACACCUUUUUUCAUUUCGAAAAUAUAAAUUUUAUCGACUGUAUAGUUUAUAUCGUAAGAUUGUGGUUUCUUUUUGUGAAUAUUUUUCGUGUUUCUAUUAUUUUCUGUGAACUUUCUUUUCGUGUGCUGACUGUGUGUUGUGGUGCGGAUUUGUAAUAUCCUUGGUGUCAAAUUUACGUGGAGAUUAAAAAAUGUGGCCACCGAAGUUGGUGCGGUGGAGCAUCACCGUUCUUCUCAUAAUAGCAGUUAUAGCACCCACAUCAGAUUCAACAAAUGUACGAAGAAGACUCCGGAAGCCUAGCAAAGUGACAUCAGUGACAACCAGCGUAUCUAAAUCUACGGAUCAGGUGAUAUCGGCGAGCGUGAACAGACCUAAGAUCCGUGGUCGACCAAGCGUUGCCAGCAGAAAGUCGUCAGCUGCCUUAGACAAUUCAGUCGGCACUGACGAACACAAGAAAAAAGAUGGAUAUAAGGUGGUCUGCUAUUACACCAAUUGGUCCCAAUACAGAACCAAGGUCGGUAAAUUCGUACCUGAGGACAUACAGCCUGAUUUAUGCACUCAUAUCAUAUUCGCCUUCGGCUGGCUGAAGAAGGGCAAGCUCAGCUCAUUCGAGUCAAACGACGAAACAAAAGAUGGUAAAACAGGAUUAUACGACAGGAUAAACAGCUUGAAAAAGGCGAAUCCUAAAUUGAAAACUUUGUUGGCUAUUGGUGGCUGGUCGUUCGGUACUCAAAAGUUCAAGGAGAUGUCAGCAACACGGUACGCGAGACAGACAUUCAUCUACUCAGCGAUCCCGUACCUAAGGGAUAGGAACUUCGACGGUCUGGACGUCGAUUGGGAAUACCCCAAGGGAGGAGACGACAAGAAAAACUACGUACUGCUCCUUAAAGAACUGAGGGAAGCAUUCGAGGCGGAAGCACAGGAAGUGAAAAAGCCGCGCCUUCUCCUAACAGCUGCUGUACCAGUCGGGCCUGAUAAUAUCAAGAGCGGUUAUGAUGUUCCGGCAGUAGCAAGUUAUUUGGACUUCAUCAAUCUCAUGGCCUACGAUUUCCACGGCAAGUGGGAGAGAGAGACUGGACACAAUGCACCUUUGUACGCUCCAUCAUCAGAUUCUGAAUGGAGGAAACAACUGUCUGUAGACCACGCAGCUCACCUGUGGGUUAAGCUGGGCGCUCCUAAGGAAAAACUUAUCAUUGGUAUGCCUACUUACGGCCGGACCUUCACACUGUCCAAUCCCAACAACUUCAAAGUGAACUCGCCAGCGAGCGGGGGCGGGAAAGCCGGUGAAUACACAAAGGAGUCAGGAUUUCUCGCUUAUUACGAAGUAUGUGAAAUUCUGCGUAACGGAGGAGCCUACGUUUGGGAUGACGAAAUGAAGGUGCCAUAUGCCAUCCAUGGAGAUCAGUGGGUUGGGUUCGAUGAUGAAAAAUCGAUCAGAAAUAAAAUGAGGUGGAUCAAGGACAACGGUUUUGGUGGUGCUAUGGUGUGGACUGUUGAUAUGGACGACUUCAGUGGUGACGUGUGUGGUGGCAACGUAAAAUAUCCCUUAAUAGGUGCAAUGAGAGAGGAACUCCGAGGUGUGUCUCGUGGUAAGGACGCCAAAGACGUGGACUGGUCUGAAGUAGCAGCCAGCGUGGUUGUGGAAGAGACAGAGAAGCCUGCGCCAAUCAAGAUCAGUCUCUCGGACGUUCUGCAACGUGUCAAGAAACCUCACAAGAAUCUCGUCAUCAAGAAUAACAACGCUGUUGCCGUCAUUGACAAAAACAAGCGUGAACCUCAAGUUCUAUGCUAUCUGACAUCCUGGUCUUCCAAGAGACCUAGUGCUGGUCGUUUCACCCCAGAAAGCGUUGACCCCACUCUAUGCACUCAUAUUAUCUACGCUUUUGCAACUCUCAAGGACCACAAACUUGCUGAAGGUGAUGAGAAAGACGCUGAUAUGUACGACAAAGUUGUCGCGUUGCGAGAAAAGAACCCGAACUUGAAGAUACUUCUAGCUAUCGGUGGCUGGGCAUUUGGCUCAACCCCCUUCAAAGAGCUGACUUCCAACGUGUUCCGAAUGAACCAGUUCGUUUAUGAAGCGAUCGAGUUCCUCAGGGACUAUCAGUUCAAUGGUCUCGAUGUCGACUGGGAAUAUCCGAGAGGAGCCGACGAUCGCGCUGCUUUUGUAUCUUUACUCAAGGAACUUCGUCUAGCUUUCGAAGGUGAAGCGAAAACUUCGGGACAGCCAAGACUUUUGCUUACAGCUGCAGUACCAGCGUCUUUUGAAGCCAUCGCCGCAGGAUACGAUGUUCCAGAGAUCUCAAAAUACUUGGACUUCAUAAACGUCAUGACCUAUGACUUCCACGGUCAAUGGGAGAGGCAAGUAGGGCACAACAGUCCUCUUUUCCCUCUAGAGAGCGCCACCAGUUACCAGAAGAAACUUACAGUGGAUUACUCAGCUCGUGAAUGGGUUCGACAAGGUGCUCCUAAAGAGAAACUAAUGAUUGGUAUGCCUACAUACGGCAGAUCAUUCACUCUUAUCAACGAAACACAAUUCGAUAUUGGAGCCCCUGCUUCUGGUGGUGGUCAAGCUGGCCGUUACACCAAUGAAGCUGGAUUUAUGUCUUAUUACGAAAUAUGCGAAUUCCUGAGAGAAGACAACACGACUCUUGUAUGGGACAACGAGCAGAUGGUACCUUUCGCAUACAGGGAAGAUCAGUGGGUCGGCUUUGAUGAUGAGAGAUCUCUAAAAACAAAGAUGGCUUGGUUGAAAGAAGAAGGUUUUGGUGGAAUAAUGGUUUGGUCAAUUGACAUGGAUGAUUUUCGUGGAUCAUGUGGCACUGGAAAAUAUCCAUUAAUUACGGCAAUGAAGCAAGAACUAUCGAGCUAUAAAGUCAAACUGGAAUACGAUGGUCCUUAUGAAUCAUCCAACCCGAACAGUGGACAGUAUACUACGAAAGACCCUAAUGAAGUCACCUGUGAAGAAGAAGACGGCCACAUUUCCUACCACAAAGACAAAGCCGACUGCACUAUGUACUACAUGUGUGAAGGAGAGAGGAAACACCACAUGCCCUGUCCUCAAAAUCUUGUCUUCAAUCCCAACGAAAACGUAUGUGAUUGGCCAGAAAAUGUAGAAGGUUGUACACAUCACACUCAAGCGCCUGCAGCUAAACGAUAGACUUAGUGAAUGGUUAUUAACAAAUAGGUAUCAGUAAUUAUCUAUCCAUUAUUAUCUUUUUUACGUUUCAUAAAUUGAACAACAAAUUGUUUAAGUUGACAUUUAGUUAAAAAAAAACUACAUGCAUCUUUGUAAAUACUAAUCGGUCAAUAAAAGAGGUUGUCAUAAAGAAUGCUAAACAAUUAUCUAUUUAGACGACAUGCUAUGUUAUUAAAACUUAUGACUAGUGAAUCACGAGAAUGGUAAAUUAUUAUUAUUAAAUAUACAUAUUCCACCAAUAUUUUAGUGAAUAAUUAAGAAAACCUCUUAACUAAACAUGUUUAUUUAUUGGCUUUGGUUUGUCUCGGCAAAUGAACGAGAAUCGUGUGAUAUAAUGUAAAUUUUCUUAAACUUACUACACAAAAGAUAAACAUUAUCAAUUGUUAAAUUAUAUUUUAGUGAAUAUUAAUUGAUAUCUCCUAAAGUUACACAAUAUGUUUAUAAAUGAUAGCUCUCACAUUAUAAAUAAAUAUAAUAAUGUACCAAAAGAGUCAAAAAAUAUUUGUUAUAAUUACGAUAAUAUUAAGUUCAAGUUUCAAUUUAUGAACUUGGAGGUUAUCUCUGAACUUGGAGGUAUGAAAGAUAACAUCAUUCGAGAAAUAUUAUGCUCAUAAAGUUAAUAUUGUGUAUCUUUAGGACUAUUUUAGCUGUAGCGUUUCUUAGUUUGUAAGUAGUAAUAUAAAGCUUUUUUUUAUUUUAAUACCCAGAAACUAAAACACAGCCUUUUACACUGCCACGAUUUUAUAAAUUUAAAUUACUAUGGUAAUAGCGACAAAAGUUAAAUAUUGUGACAUUAUUUUGUAAUUGAAUUUAUUUUAAGUUUGUAAAUAUUGUAUUUAGAUACAAAAGAUGUAAGAGUAUUAUUAAAUAUUUUUCU